AUGGCCGCGAUCGAUGUCACACUGGAGGAGAUUGUGGACGAUGGAGAUGCCCGGGACCAGCGGACACGCAGUCCCAACGACGCGCCUGAAAUGGCGGCUCUCACGAGGUGCCUCCACGAGGCGCUGGAUGGGGACGACGAACGGGUGGAUGCUGUGCGCCAGUUUGAAAAAGAUCUCGGUGUGCACUCCGUUGUUGCGGCAUGGAACUUGUUCCGAGGUGUUUGGUUCCAUGGGCAGAAUACCAUGGGCAACUUCGUGGGCCAUGCCCCGCCCAACGGAGAGCUCGAUGGGUUAAGGCACAGAACACAUGUGGAGCACACAUUCUUCUCGACAGACAUCUGCAUUUUCAUUUGUUUUUAUUGUAGCUCGUGGUAGUGAGUUUAGCGGUGUAUCGGAGAUUUGCAAUUGUUUCCAACCGAACCUAUUCAUGCAUACGAGUAUUGUGGGAUAAAUUGGACAAACUGCCGAUGAAGUGUGGUAGGAAAACAGUGGGGCCUCGGCGACUGACUUGACUGGGUAUUGAUUAAGUGCUCGUCCUGU